AUGGCUCUAAAUAUCCUAGUAUUGGGAAAUGGUGGCAGGGAGCAUGCCUUGGUGUGGAAACUUUCUGCUUCCCCAUCUGUUGCUAAGAUUUUUGUUGCUCCAGGGAAUGGAGGAACUAGCAGUGUCAGUGACAAAGUUGUCAAUGUUCCUUCAUUGGAUCCCUCUCCAUCCAAGUUUGAUGCAUUGAAGCAUUUCGCUAUCGAAAACAAAAUCAACUUGGUUGUACCCGGCCCAGAACAGCCGCUAGUGGAUGGGGUUUCAGAGGUUUUCAGUAAGAUUGGUGUCCCUGUUUUCGGCCCAUCUGCUAAGGCAGCGGUCUUCGAAGGGUCCAAGACAUUUUCGAAAGACUUUAUGGCCAAGCACGAUAUCCCAACUGCGCGCUAUGCCAACUUCGACAGUUAUGAUGAGGCAAAAGCCUAUCUAGAUAAGGUUGACUAUAAUAUCGUACUAAAAGCGGAUGGUAUUGCCGCGGGAAAAGGUGUAUUAAUCCCAUCUACUAAGGAAGAAGCUCAUGAGGCCUUGAAGACCAUUAUGGUCGAAAAACAAUUCGGCUCCGCUGGCGAUUCAGUAGUUAUCGAAGAAUUUCUGGAAGGUGACGAAAUAUCUAUUCUCACUAUAUCAGAUGGCUAUUCUUACUUCAAUUUGCCACCUGCUCAGGAUCACAAAAGAAUUGGCGAAAAUGAUACUGGCUUGAAUACUGGAGGAAUGGGUGCCUACGCACCAGCUCCUGUCGCUACGCCUGAGCUACUUGAGCAAAUUGACCGAGACAUUGUGAAGCCAAGUAUCGACGGUAUGAGAAAGGACUCUCUACCAUUUGUAGGUGUCCUCUUCACUGGCAUUAUACUUACCCAGAGUGGCCCUAAGGUUUUGGAAUACAAUGUAAGAUUUGGUGAUCCAGAAACACAAACCGUUUUACCCCUUCUUUCCGAUGAUACUGAUCUGGCUCAAGUGUUUCUGGCCGCUGCCGAACACAGAUUGGACUCUGUUAACAUCGGAGUUAAACAGAAUUGUUUUGCUACCACUGUUGUGCUAGCUGCUGGUGGUUAUCCUGAAAGUUAUGCAAAGGGUGAUGAAAUCACUAUUGAUAGACCUCUUUUACCAGAGGGCACCUACAUUUUUCAAGCCGGGACAAAAGUUGAAAGCGGCAAGAUACUCACUGCUGGAGGCAGAGUGAUCGCAGCUUCUGCAGUGGCUGAAACUUUGAGAGAGGCAGUUGAUAAGGCAUAUCAAGGUGUUGAGUGCAUUACUUUCAAGAAUAGAUAUUUUAGAAAAGACAUCGCCCACCGAGCUUUCAAAGAUGCAGACAAUGCCGCCAAGAAGUCAGGAAAGUCUAUUACUUAUGCCGACGCUGGUGUUUCCGUUGAUAACGGGAAUCUCUUGGUUCAAAAGAUCAAGAACAAAGUCAAAUCCACUCGUAGACCAGGUGCUGAUUCCGAUAUUGGUGGAUUCGGCGGUUUGUUCGAUCUGAAAGCAGCCGGGUACAACACUGACGAUACGUUACUUGUAGCCGCUACAGACGGUGUUGGUACCAAACUAAUGAUCGCUCAAGAGACGGGCAUUCAUGACACAGUCGGUAUUGAUUUGGUAGCCAUGAAUGUUAACGAUUUAGUUGUCCAGGGAGCAGAGCCAUUGAUUUUCCUUGAUUAUUUUGCUACUGGUGCUCUUGACAUCAAAGUUGCAUCCGAUUUUGUCUCAGGUGUUGCCGAUGGGUGCAUAGCUGCUGGUUGUGCUCUAGUUGGUGGUGAAACAUCUGAAAUGCCUGGUAUGUACCCACCGGGUCAUUACGAUACCAAUGGUACCGCUGUUGGUGCAGUCCAGAAAGACGCUAUAUUACCAAAAAUUGAAAAAAUGUCUGCCGGCAAUGUUCUGCUAGGCUUGGGCUCGGAUGGAUUGCACUCUAAUGGUUUCUCUUUAGUGAGAAGGAUCAUCGAAACCGUUGAAAUUGAUUGGAAUGACAGGUGUCCAUGGGACGGAACCAAAACCCUUGGAGAAGCAACUUUGGUCCCUACUAGAAUUUACGUGAAACAACUAUUGCCAUCCAUCAGAGAAAAUCUGUUGUUAGGUUUAGCUCAUAUUACUGGCGGUGGUUUGGUUGAAAACGUUCCCCGUGCACUUCCUGAUCAUUUGCAAGCAAAAAUUGAUAUCAAUACUUGGGAAAUUCCCGAGGUUUUUAAGUGGUUCGGAAGAGCUGGUAAUGUCCCCUUAGAUGAUAUAUUGAAGACUCUAAACAUGGGUAUUGGUAUGGUUCUAAUUGUCGAGAAGCAAAAUGUUGCGAGAGUCAAGGAACUCUUGAAAGAAGCCAACGAAAAGGUGUACGAAAUCGGUACUUUGAUUGAAAAACCCGCUGGGGCUCCAGGUUGCAUUGUUGACAAUGCAGUUGACUUAUAUUAA